AUGAUCGAUAGUGGGGCUACCGCGGUGCGGGGAACAGGUGGCAGCUGGCGGGCAGACAGUAAAACGACCUCAGCCAGCGUCAACGCACACCGAGUCACAACGGAGCAGGCCAUGAAGCAGCGGGCGAAAAACUACUUUUCACAACUCGGUCGGGCGAACCUGAGUCCAGUCGAAGACCGGAUGCGGAAUGGGGAUGAGUCACAGAUUCCGCCGUGCCAAGAAAUCAUGGGGUGGUGGUGGGGUGCGCGCCUUCCGAAGGACAGCAGGUUUUUGUCAAAGGCGCCCGUGAGUCGUGAGGAGUUGUGUGUCGCGCUGUGCCCCCUUCAUCGUCGUGGUCGCCUGCCGGCAAGUCGUCGGUCGAAUCGACACAAAUUGAUGGACCCGCUGGAGAGGGUGGUAAACAGCACAGAGAUUUGUCACUCCGCGUCAUACGCCAAGCCAUAUGUCAUCGCCGGUCGAACCGAACCACACGUACUGAAGCGUCGGCAAGGAAUCUCGAAGUCCAGAGGUUGUGUCAUCCUCACCGACUGCCUCAACAUCACCACCGCUUCGCCAUCCGUUGGAGGGGGUACCCCAAGGACGUAUGGAGGGGGCAGAGUCUAA